GGGAUGCUGAAUCAUUUUUUUAUGUCGACAUGCUUGAGACUAACGUCACCUAGUCUAAACCUACUGUACACACCACAUUAUGACAAAUUCCAUAUGAAGAAUAACAGUCUAUUCUCUCCCGUGUGCGUCAGGUGUGUCAGAGAACGCCUUCGUCCUCUUGCCCCGGUUCUGCCGGUAACACCCACAAGUCAAACUGAUCCCGAAGCACCGCGACGAUUCCAUUUACUUCUCAACUUGAGCGCGCACGCUGUCACCGUAAACGAAAAGCCUGAAAGAGGUUCAACAAACUUGAGCUCCUGAACUGAGUUGCGUGACGGAGGGCCAGAGAACAGAGGUUGAGAGAACAGAGAGGCUCAAAACGAAGAGGCUUGUACUUGGUUGCUGCGUGCCCAACUGGAGCUGCAGGUGUGUAUAUCAGAGAAAGCAACCCAGGCAGACAGACUGAGGUAACUGGAGCAGGUCCUGCCACUCCCUUACAGGACAUACCGAGAGAGACGCUCUGAGCUACCGACUUGCAGGACUUCUCCUACAGGGUUCACCCACCACAACAUGCAGGGGAAGAGUGAACACGAACACCAAGACAAUAACAUGGAAGCCACUGCCGUUAAAGAGACAAGGAGAGGGUCCAGCCAUAACAACCAUAGCAACCCUAGCAACCCUAGCGCGACUGCAGAGCAAGGCAGAGAUUCAGUCGACAGUAAUGGCCAUACCAGAGGGACGUUGUCCCCCACUGAGGUUCCGUCUCUACGGGGUCUCAGGAAGAGCCAGAACAGCUCAUUGGAGGAGGAAGAGAAUGUCUGGAGAACCAAUAAGAGGACGGUGCUGUCCAGAGGAUCUAGUCUAACCCGCUCUAGGAGUGUCAAGAACCUGAUCCACAAGUUCUCAGAGAACGGCGAACCCUCGUCAGCCAAUGAUAACGGCUCACCAGUUCUGUCAAUAGGCGGAUCCCUGCCUGAAGACUCUAACCGGCCAAUCAGGAUAUCCACAGCCAGAACUGUGGAGGUACUGGCCUAUCAGAACUCCCGGUCCAACCCAAACACAGCCACUCCCAGUAGUACCACAGUACAGACCCAGAGCCCAGUCAGGCUGUCCACAGCCAAGUCCACCUCCCAGUCCAACCCAGCCAUUCAUAGCAGCAGCAGCACCGUAGAGAGCAAGAAACCGGUACCUUCUAUCAAACUAACCCCUCCAUCCAUGGAGUCUCAGCCCGGCCUUAAGGGGGCAAAGACAGGCUCACCACAGCCCAGCAGUCCUUCAGACAGUCAUUCCCAGAAGGGUCAGGGCCAGAGCCAGGCUGGCUCCAUGGCAGGCUCUGGAAUGGGUUCGGAAUCAGACUUUAAUCCCAACAAGAGGCCUGAAAGUCCCCCAUCUGAAGACGAGCCAUCCAAUCCCGUCAAAGUCCACCAGAACCCCAAAUACCAACUGUACCUGAGUGGAGACGUGACGGCGAACGGAUCCAGGGAUACAAAUGGAACGUUUGGUGGAGAGAACGGGAACGGUAUGGAUCCCAAGAACAGUUCCCGUUGGGACAGCGCUAGUUCCAGAUUCGGGACAAACUAUCACGGGUCCCUGGAAUCUCUGGCCUCACGGGACUGGGACACCAUGUCGGACAGGGUGGGAGGUUUUGAGAGUCCACCCAGGGUGUUCAACAGUCCCUACGCUACAGCGGCUUCCACGGAUUACAACUCUGGCAUGUACCGGAUGUCAGAGUAUAAGGAGGUGAUGUCUCCAGCCACAUCAGAGCUGAACCUGUUCAACAGCUACAAUAGCAGGAGUACCAGCCCUGUGCUCUCCUUCACCCGGACUGUGACCGCCCCACGUGCACCAUUCUCAACCUACGACACCAUCAGGAGGAGGGACCACCAGGUGAUGUCAAGCCAACUCCCCAUGCGGCCCCCUGUGUCGUCUGUCGCUAUGCCCAACAGGAGAGACUUCAUCGAGGAGUUGACCAGGCAGCUGGAUGCCUGUCAGAAGAGGAACCAGUUUCUGGAGGCGGAGAGCAUAGAGAUGGACAAGGAGAGGAACCAGAUCAGGUUGGAGAUGAGAAGCCUGUUGGUGAACAACGAGGACCUUCUCAGAACCAACAGUACCCUGCAGAUGGAGAUGAGCAGAAUGAGGAUGAGGAUGGUAGAGCUGGAGAGAGACAACACGGCCAUGACGGAACGCUUCAAAGUUAUGGAGAUGGAGCUGACCGAGGCCAGAGGGCUGAUGGUGGAGGCCAACACUCAGGAAUAUGCCUUCAACUUCCUGCAGCAGUCUCUGAAGAAUAAGAUACAGGAUGCUGAGGAGGCGCUGGAGAAGCAGACCCUCCAUGCCGAGGGUCUGUCCGAUAAGCUGUGGCUUGCUGAGAGACAGUUGGAGGAGCUAGCAGGGGACAAGGAGACACGGGGCAAGAGGACAUCGGAGCUCAGUGACACUAUCUUCAGACUGGAGACUGAGCUAGGGGAGGCCCAACAGAGAGCCACCCAAGCUAUAGCAGAGCUCAGUCUGCACCAGAAGCUACGAGACGGUGACCAGCUGAGGGUAAAGGAGCUGGAAGAGACUAUACUGGAGAAGGGUCUGGAGCUGCAGAGAGCCCAGCAGUCUGUCAGAAGCCUCCAGGGACAGGUGUCAGGUAAGCUGAUAGAUAAGGAGCGUUCCCUGGAGGAGGAGAUCCAGCUGAGAGAGAAAGUCCAGCUGCAGUUGAAGCAGGCAGAGAGGAGCGUAGAGGACCUGACGAUGGCGCUACAGACUGCUGCACAGACCAAGGAGGACCUGGACAAGCAACUCAAACAGGCUCAGGAGAAAGCGAUAGAUCUUGAGAGCGACCUGGAGGAGAUACAGGACAGUGAACAGAGUUGGGCCAGGAAGCACAAGAGAGCCAUCGAGCAGACAGAACAGCUCCAGCUGAAGUUGAUCCAGGAGAAAUAUAUGAACGAGCAGCUGGACAGUGAUAAGAUCAACCUGAUGAGACAGCUGCGUGACCUGCGUGUGGAGAUGGAGGAACUCCAGAACUCCAGAGUCCAGGUGGAUGUCAUCACUAAGACAGAGAUCCGGGCCAGGGAGCUGGAGAACGCUCUCAGAGUGGAGGAGCGGAACAAGGUGGUGAUGAGCAACACCAUCAGUAAACUGGAGAGGAAGAACAACGAACUGUCAGACCAGCUAGAGGAGGAACAUAAGAUCGCUACAGAGCAGAAGGACCUGAUGACCCAGAGGAUGCGCUCCCUGAAGCGUCAGCUGAACGAGGCAGAGGAGGAGUCCAGUCGUAGAGAUGCUCAGUACCGACACACCCAGAGAGAGCUGGCAGAGGAGAGAGAGGCCUCCACCAGACUACAGAGACAGCUGCUGGACCAGCACCUUCAACUCAAGCGUAAGGAGUCCACCGUGCAAAUGAGACAGACUCUGGAGAACCUGCGUCUGGAUCUCAGUGUAGAUGAAGAGGACCAGGCUGAGCCGGUACCAACAUCCUCCAAGGCCUGAAGAAAGACAACAGCACCUUCUCAUACUAGCCUUUUUCCAAUACACCUUUAUUGAUAAAGGUUAGAGUGAUACCCGAAAUACCAUCACGAAUAGACUUGACAAGAAACAACACAUUCUACACGAGCACCAAUACUGUCAUUUAUCGUAGAAUACAGUGCCUACAAGUUAAGUGUUCAAACCUUCUUUAGCCUCUUUCUCUUUACUAUUGAAAUGUAAAGCAUUGUGUCUUUAGUCUUUGUUUUCCAUAAAGCGGUUAUGGUUAUUUACUAAAGGUCCAAUGCGGCUGUUAUUAUCUCAAUAUUAACUCAUUUCUGGGUAACAAUUAUCUUUACUGUGAUUGUUUUCAAUCAAAAUGGUCAAAUAAGAAACAAAAAUGGCUUCUUAGCAAAGAGGAUUUUUUUUUUUUUAAACAAGUUUUUGCUAGGACUGUCUGGGAGUGGGGAGGGGAAAACUGAAAACUAGCUGUUAUUGGCAGAGAGGUUUGGAAACUCUCUUUCUUAUUGGUCUAUUAACUCAUUUGCCGCCUGGUGAUGUCACCAGUUAAGCCAAAACUCAAUCCCACCAAAACAGGCUGAGAUUUCAGGUAGUCUUUUCAAACAGCUCUUAAAGUAAAAAAAAGGCCAUUAUCAUCAUUUUAACAGUUUCCCAGUAUUAUUCCAACCUCAUAGUGUGUAAAUAUAUGUAAAACACAGGAAAAUCAUGUUUUUCUUUGCGGGGGGGAAUCCGCAGAACGUUAAAGGAAGUAGUAGUUGUUUUGUUGUGAUUCUUUUGAAUCAAAUCAAACUUUAUUUAUACAGCAGAAGAUAUUACGUAUAUCAAAAAUGGUAUUGAAUCAAGCUAGCUUUCCCUGUACACUCAAGUCACGUGUUUUAGUGAAGAAAAGGGCUAAUAAUCAAUAAAUAAUCAUUAUAUGAUCAUAUAGGACUUUGGGUUAAAGUAGUUUGGAGGAUUUUGGACAAUAUUUCCUACAAAAAUACCAAAGCAAUCUGUUGCAUUACCGUGUUAACGUUAUUAUAAAUAUUAUACUUACCUGCUACACUUUACAUUUUGAUUUAUUUUAUAUACAGUAUAUGAAAAAGCUUUUAUUUUACACCCACUGAGCAGAAUGUGGAAGUGUCUUCCAUUUGCAAUGCUUGAAGGACAGACAGACUGUGUCUUGAAUGAUUGGACUACAAUACAAGUCUAUGUGAGCAUGAACAGUAUGUUCCACAAUGGACUGUUUACAAAUGAUAAAAUGUUAUUUUUUUUGUCACAUACACCGGAUAGGCACAGUGAAAUGUCUUGUUUUACAGAGUCAUCCAUUGUAGUACGGCACCCCUGGGGCAAACUAGGGUUAAGUGGCAAAAUCACAGAUUUUUCACCUUGUUGGCUCGGAUAUUCGAACGAGCGAUUUUUCUGUUACUGGCCCGACGCUCUAACUGCUAGACUACCUGCCGCCCUAUUUACAAUUUAUAGUUCUCAUUUCUCAUUUUGUAUUUAUUAUUACCUUUUUCUAUUAUUUCUCUAUUUUCUUUCUCUCUGCAUUGUUGGGAAGGACCCGUAAGUAGGGCAUUUCACUGUUAGUCUACACCUGUUUAUGAAGCAUGUGACAAAUAACAUGUUAUUAUGAUUUGAUUAAAACAAAAAAACAGCAGCAACAACCAGAGGUGUGGACUCAAGUCACAUGACUUCCUACUCGACUUUGACUUUAACACCAAUGACUCGUGACUUAACUUGGACUUGAGCCUUUUGACUCGACCUGACUUGAUACCCUCCCCAAGCCUAAAUAUUAAAAAUGAUGCCUUUAAAAAAAAAAAGUGCGCAGCGCAUCAACUCUUCAUUUAACGGAUUACAGUUUGAAUCGGACAGCAGCCAAUCAAAUUGUUUGCCGGCUGAGAAAAAGUGGCGCGUGGCAGUGCAGAAGAACGUCGGCGGGUGAAUUCAGAUGGAGCCCUUGGAAAGAUGUUACCAAAAAUUAUAUAAAGAUUACGCUGUAGUCAACAAAAAACAGAUUGCAACUUGCAAAACAUGUUGGAAGAAAAUUACAGACGGAGGCGCAACAACUUCCAACUUUGUUCGACAUUUGAAGCUGCACAAAGAACGGUAAAUCGUGGCUAAUAUAGCCGACAGCUAUAUAUAACUUGCUAUAUAUAACUGGUGUAGCAUGUAAGCUAACGUAACGUUAAAUCAAUGAGCCUCCACAAAGUCAGUCAGUGCAGGAACGUGAUCAUUGCACCCAGAUUGAGCUACAACUGGCCAGGCAGCUGGUAGCCUAAACCCUGCCUGAUGUUACUGCUGUUCCUGAAACCAUUGACAUACGUUAGUCUACUGUAACCACACACAGAUAGGGUGUGUGUGUGUGUUAAGGUCAGGCGAUUGUGUAACAGCCUACAUCGCCUGAUUGCGCCCCAUAGCGAUCCUCGAUAGUCGAUUGCUAUGGGGGAGGGUGGGUCUUUCUCAUGGAUACCCAUGUAUUUCCAUGGAAAUAGAAAGUUUAUUUGGAAAGUAAUAAAUAUAUAUAUUUGUAAAAUAAUUCAUGAUUUGUGUAAAUGUAAAUGUAAUAUACUAACUAUUACUCUUGUUAAAAAUAUGAAAUGGUAUUACAUUUGGUGAAGAGCACAUUAUGAGUUGUUUAGGACUCGAAACUCAAAGUUUAGGACUUGGGACUUGACUUGAGACUUGACUCGGACUUGCCUGUCUUGACUUGGGACUUCAGUGCUAAGACUUGAGACUUACUUGUGACUUGUAAAACAAUGACUUGAUCCCACCUCUGGCAACAACACUUGUUGCUCAAACCCUGAGAGAGAGGACCAAGACAAACCCUGAGAGAGAGGACCAAGUCAAACCCUGAGCAGAAGCUCUGAGAGAGAGAGGACCAAGACAAACCCUGAGCAGAAACUCAGAGAGAGAGUGUAAGGACCAAGACAGACUGUUCAAGAGAGGGAUUAUUUUAUUCUCAGGACAGGGGAGUCUAAAGGGAAUCUAUUCUAUACGAUGUGUGUAUGGUGAAUAGCUGCUGGAGAUUCAUCUAACCAUGGAGCUGAUGUGCUGUUUUGUAGUACAGUAUAGAACAUGGAGACUGUACUACAGUACCCAUAAUGCCCUGUGUACAACCAUUAGUACCAUAUCUAGAGUCCAGUCAGUGUCUAGGCCUAUUGCCCGCUGUUGUUGAUGUUAUCUUCACCUGUAAGUCAAAGAUGCUCAUGCAAUACAGGAAAGAUGUAAUCAGUUACAGGAACUGCUCAUAGUAUGCACUCAGGCUCCACAUAAACAGGAGGUAGGAAGCAGCAGUGAUCUCAUGUUUUUUGAGAAUUGAGAAUGUGAUAUCCUAUUUUAUGGUUUUACGUUUGUAUAAAUAGCUGUUUUAUCUGAUGCAGUUAGAUAAACUCUAACCCUUUAGAUAAACCUAUUUCACAAAAUGUUCCUUUCCCUUUCUCCACAUGCUGGCAAGACCAAAAAGGGAUUCAGAGAGGUUCCGGGCCCUUGAGACCCUGUUUUGCAAUAGACUUCUGUAUAUCUUUAUAAAAUGCCAUUUAUUAUGUAUUUUUGUAACAGCGUUUAUAUGCUUAAGGUGCCGUUGGGUAUUUAUUCUACUUUACAGGUGUUUUAUCUUCCUAAAAUGAUGAAUAUUAAUAUUAAAUAAUUUUUCAAAAGAA